CAGUGGAGGCCGGCCUGGGCGGGGUCUUCACACCUUCACCCUGGGGAAAUUUGAUCUCAUUAAUCUGCUCAGCAGACCGGUCCGGCGGCCACUGCACUUGGAAUCGCUGUCCCCGCCGGGCAAGCCCAGGGCGAGAGCACAGAGUGGGCCGGGACGAUGCUGGGGACAUGGCUGGUGCGGCUGGUGCUCCUGGCACUGGUGCUGGCUGCCUGUGGAGAGCUCGCGCUGGCCCUGCGCUGCUAUGUCUGUCCGGAGCCCACAGGAGCAUCUGACUGCGUCACCAUCGCCAACUGCACCACCAACGAAACCAUGUGCAAGACCACACUCUACUCCCGGGAGAUAGUGUACCCCUUCCAGGGGGACUCCACGGUGACCAAGUCCUGCGCCAGCAAGUGUGAGCCCUCGGAUGUGGAUGGCAUCGGCCAGACCCGGCCCGUGUCCUGCUGCAACACUGAGCUGUGCAAUGUGGAUGGGGUGCCCACACUGGGCCGCCCCCACUGGCUGGCCGGGGCCCUCACGCUGCUCCUGCUCCUGAGCCUUGGACUCUGAGCGCCCGCCCACCCCCACGGCCCCCCCCAGCUGGCCUGUGCCACCUGCCCCGAAUGCCUUGAAGAAGUGCAGCUUGCACCAGGA